AUGUCUCCAAAUGGCGUCAACGGCGAGACCACCGAAUCUAUCGAGCUCUGGAGACAUCCUCAUCCCGAGUCCACCGAGUUCUACGCCUUCCAACAGCAUGUCGCAAAGAAACAUGGUAUCUCUACAUCCUCAUACCACGAUAUCUGGCAGUGGAGCGUGGAUCAUCCCAGCGCGUUCUGGGAGGAAAUAUGGCACUAUACUGGGAUAAAGGCUAGCAAGCGGUAUGAUUCUGUCCUUGACGAGUCCGCUCCAAUGUUCCCUAAGCCCACUUUCUUCGCCGGCUGCGAGUUGAACUUCGCCGAGAAUCUGUUGUUUCCCUCUUCCAAUCCUGACCCAGACUCUGUAGCCAUCGUCGCAGCUACAGAAACGACGCGCGAACACGUAACGUGGUCGGAAUUGCGGGACCGUGUCCGGAUAUGCGCCGCUGCAAUGGAGGCACAUGGCCUGAAGAAGGGAGAGAGGGUUGCCGGCUACUUGGCUAACCAUGCCAAUGCCGUUGUGGCAAUGCUCGCGGCGACUUCUUUGGGUGCAUUAUGGUCCGCCGUGAGCCCUGAUACAGGUGUUCACGCGGUUCUGGACCGACUCCUUCAAAUCGAACCUGUUCUCCUCUUCGCCGACAACACCGUGAUAUACAACGGCAAGACACAUGAGACGCACAGCAAAGUGUCUGAAGUUGUUUCUGCGCUACCGUCUGUGCGCAAUCUGGUCAUCUUCGAAUCAAUACCCGGUCACGCCUUUGAUCUUUCAUCAAUAGCGAAGCAACCUGGCACGACGGUCGAGACAUAUUCCUCAUUCUUGUCCAAGGGCGACUCCGCCAGACCUCUCCAAUUCGUAUAUCUGCCGCCCGAGCAUCCUGUGUACAUUCUAUAUUCGUCCGGCACCACGGGUGUACCAAAACCAAUUGUCCAUGCUGCUCUCGGUACCUUGAUCCAACAUAAAAAAGAGCAUCUAAUACAGUCCGACAUCAAGCCCGGUGAGAGACUGUUCUAUUUUACAACAGUGACAUGGAUGAUGUGGCACUGGCUAGUGUCAGGGCUGGCAAGCGGCGCAACCAUUGUGUUAUACGACGGCUCGCCCUUCCAGCCACAUAAGCAGAUGAGCAUGCCGCUUCUGAUUGACGAGCUCCAGAUCAACCAUUUCGGCACAUCGGCCAAAUACCUGUCUAUCCUAGAACAAGCACAAACCUUCCCGCGGGAAGAAUCACCUCGGAGCGCGACACUGAAUUCCCUCAAGUCCAUCUUUUCCACGGGCUCGCCUUUAGCCCCGAGCACCUUCCAAUACGUAUACAAGAACCUCUCACCACCAUCUCCACACCCGGGCAUCCUGCUAGGCUCCAUCACUGGCGGCACGGAUAUCAUAUCCCUCUUCGGGGCGCCAUGCCCAAUCUUACCUGUUCACACAGGCGAGAUCCAAUGUCGCGGUCUGGGAAUGGCCGUGCGAGCCUUCUCCGCCGACGGUAUCGACAUCACGCAGACCGGGCAGCCCGGCGAGCUUGUCUGCACAGUCGCAUUCCCCUGCCAACCAUGCAUGUUCUGGCCGCCAGGCCCGACAGGCGAAGCGCGCUACCGGUCAUCAUACUUUGAAGUCUUCAAGGACCCGAAGACGGGCCACCCGCUCUGGCACCACGGCGACUUCAUCCGCUUCAAUCCCACAACAGGCGGGAUCUGGAUGCUCGGUCGCUCGGAUGGUGUUCUCAACCCGAUGGGCGUACGCUUUGGAUCCAGCGAGAUCUACAACAUUUUGCUUGAGCAUUUCGGGACAGAAGUCGAAGAUGCCCUGUGUAUAGGCCGCAGACGUGAACAAGAUACCGACGAAGUGGUCGUCUUGUUUCUCAAAAUGGCGGAGGGCCACCAGUUUUCUGCCGAUCUGGCCUUGCGUGUGCAGGAUGUCAUCAGGAGGGAACUUAGUGCCCGUCACGUGCCCAAAAUUGUCGACGAGUGUCCUGAAAUCCCUGUCACCACAAACGGCAAGAAGGUCGAGGGUGUCGUCAAGCAGAUCCUCAGUGGCACGCGUAUCAAGACCAGUGCCAGCGUGGCGAACAGUGCCUGUUUGGACUGGUAUAAAGAGUGGGCGAGGACUCACUGA